AUGACGAUCGACGAAUACAUUGAACGUCAAACCGAUCUCUUCAUGCGCAUCUGUCGCACUCUCGAAAACUUGCGCAAGCUCGGUGAAGCAAAAACAACCCUCGGGCAAGUGCAAUCGCGAUUAGAUGCUUUAAAUUCAAAUUGGCUGAAGUUCCAAGACAUGCACGAGACAGUCGAUCAAAUUAGAAGCGCAGCAAAAGGUGAUCAACUCGACGCUAUCAAAAGACUUUCGUAUUUCGCGAAAGACUAUUACGGACAGUGCGAAGAGCAAUACUUAAACGCGAAGGGAGAGAUACUCGAUCUACUCGGAACUCUCAAGACUCUAUCGGCACCGAUCGUGCCAACAGCCGUAGCCCCCCAACUCACAACUGGAGGAGCCUCAAAACGGCUACCACGCAUCGAAUUGCCUACGUUCUCGGGCAAUUACUCAGACUGGAAGUCUUUUCACGACCUCUUCACAUCAAUCGUUCGCGAAAAUUCGCAACUCUCGGAAGUGGAAAAACUGCACUACCUAAAAACAAGUCUUACCGAUGAACCGUCAUAA